GCCGUUUGAUUGUGAGGAAAGCUAAAGCCUAGGUAGAUAUUUACCUACCACCCUUUCCUUCGUCUUUUUUCUAUCGACUUCUCCGUCAUUCUCUUUCUCUCUCCACGUAUCUUUGAAAAUCCAUUCGUGGGCAAUCUCGUUUCGGAUAUGGCAGCAAUGUCAGGGAAGAUUGUCCAAAAUGUUUUUGUGUCACAAUGGUACCAACAAAAUAGACAGUCCGGCACUCAAUUUCGGGGGGACCAUUUUUCCCCUAAUACGCGCAACUUGCUUCCCUUUCAUGGGGGGAAGUUAGCAUGGACUUCCAUCUCUUCCAUGCAAUUGCGCAUGUUAUCAAAAUACCAGAGUGGUUUUGCUAACCGGAGAACUGUUCAUUGCAAUGCUGCUCCAUCUGCUACUGCAUUACCAUCACUUGACAAAGUUGAUUUUCUGAAGCUUCAAAAUGGCAGUGAUAUUCGAGGUGUCGCUAUUGCUGGUGUUGAGGGAGAACCAGUCAAUCUCACUGAACCAGUUGCUGAAGCAAUAGCUGCUGCCUUUGCUGCAUGGUUAGUGGAAAAGAAGAAAGCAGAUGGCUCUCGACGUUUAAGAGUUUCGGUUGGCCAUGACUCUCGUAUAUCUGCGCAAACCUUACAGGAUGCAAUUUCACAAGGAAUCUCUGGAGCUGGCCUGGAUGUUGUUCAAUAUGGACUAGCAUCUACACCAGCUAUGUUUAAUAGCACAAUAACAGAAGAUGAUACUUUUUUAUGUCCGGUUGACGGGUCCAUAAUGAUAACAGCUAGUCAUCUACCUUACAACCGGAAUGGAUUCAAAUUUUUCACAAAUUCUGGAGGCCUUGGAAAAGCGGACAUAAAAGAUAUCUUGGAACGUGCUGCUGAUAUAUAUAGAAAUUUUACAGCCGAAGGGCUGACUAUUUCCAAGGAAAAAGCUUCUGCAUCAGUAAAGAGAGUUGAUUACAUGACUCUAUAUACAGCUGAUCUCGUAAAGGCAGUUCGGAAAGCUGCAGGAAAUAUAGAGAAGCCAUUGGAGGGAUUCCACAUUGUUGUUGAUGCAGGGAAUGGUGCAGGAGGGUUUUUUGCAGCUAAGGUGCUUGAGCCUCUGGGGGCAGUUACAUCUGGUAGUCAGUUUUUGGAGCCGGAUGGUAUGUUCCCGAAUCAUAUUCCAAACCCAGAGGACAAGACGGCAAUGAAAGCUAUUACUAAGGCAGUCCUUGAUAACAAGGCUGAUUUGGGGAUCAUCUUUGAUACAGAUGUUGACAGAUCUGCUGCCGUGGAUUCCACUAGUCGUGAAUUCAAUAGAAAUCGUCUGAUUGCCCUGAUGUCUGCCAUUGUUCUUGAGGAACAUCCAGGAACAACUAUUGUUACAGACAGUGUGACUUCAUACGGCCUGACCACGUUUAUUGAGAAGAAACUCGGGGGGAAGCAUCAUCGCUUCAAAAGAGGCUACAAAAAUGUCAUUGAUGAAGCGAUUCAUUUGAACUCCGUUGGUGAGGAAUCACAUCUGGCUAUUGAGACUAGUGGUCAUGGAGCCCUCAAGGAGAAUCAUUGGCUUGAUGAUGGGGCAUACCUCAUGGUCAAAAUCUUGAAUAAACUUGCUUCAACCAGGGCUUCAGGACAGGGUCAUGGCAGCAAAGUUUUGACUGAUCUUGUAGAUGGUCUGGAGGAACCAGCUGUUGCUGUGGAAUUGAGAUUAAAGAUCGAUCAAAAUAAUCCGGAUCUUAAAGGAGGAUCAUUCCGAGAGUACGGAGAAGCAGUGUUGAAACUGUUGGAGAACUCUAUUGAUUCUGAUCCAAAGCUUCAAAAAGCCCCCGUGAAUUAUGAAGGCGUUCGAGUUUCCGGAUUUGGUGGUUGGUUCCUUCUUAGACUGUCGCUUCAUGAUCCUGUGCUUCCCCUUAACAUCGAGGCACCAAGCCAUGAUGAUGCUGUGAAGCUCGGAUUCGUUGUGCUUGCUGCUGCCAAGGAGUUUGCGGCUUUGGAUACAUCUGCUCUGGACAAAUUCGUCCAAGGAUCAUAACCCGUCCUCUGACAAAUCAGCAAAUCCUCAUCUUCCUUGGCAUCUUUCUGUUGCAACUUCUUCCGCUUCUGAUGGUUCUGCGGUUUUAGCUGUAAAAGUUGUGUCUUUGCAAAUACCUGUCUACCAAAAUCACUAAAGGGUCAUCGCACUAGUUUGAGUUCACACCCUUAGGAUUAUAGAGUAAGUGAAAUCAUCAGAUUUCUGAUGGCAUCUUCUACUUUGAGAACGUUAUCAUAUUGGCUGCAGCAAUAAAUGACAAAUUUUGUUUGGUUUGCCAAUGUAAGCUUCUUGUCAUCAAUUUAAUCUGGAUAUUGCUCUCCCGUACAGUUGUCUUGGUAACCAAAGACAUCAGAGACAAUGUAUCCUUGACAAAUAGAAACCCUCAGAAAAUUCUUU